AAAGAAAGACUAUUAACCAUACAAGGGCCAAUGAGCUCUCCCUCCAGGUUUCCUCAAGAGAUACAUUGUCCGCAAAUGACAGAGACACGUCGGAAUGCUCGGAAAGACUUCCAAUAGUUGUCUGCCAAACAAUGCUGAUGAUCAUGACAUCGGCAAUGGUAGAUUGAAAAGGAUAAACAAAGUCUAUAAAUGAGUCCCUAGAUAGAUACACUCAAUUGUUUCAGCAUAGUGGGAGCAAAGAAGUCAAUUUGAAUCACUCAAGGAGCUUAAAGUUGAGGAAGAAGAUAAAGUUCCAUCAAGAGGGAAUAAUGCUCCCAAGUUUUUCAGAAGGAUUUCAUCCCUAUUUGAUCUUCAAUCCUUUUGCUCUCUUCUAUGAGGUGUCUUGCCACGCUCUUUCUUCAGAGAUCCUAAACAGGAACAUCCAAAAUAAUGAUGCAGACAAGGAAACCGAUACGCAUAAUGAGCCAAAACCAACUAGUUUCUGUGAAGAAACAGAAAAAGUUGAACUAGCAGUAGCUUUUAUAGAGUCUGAAUUGCAGGAAAACACAAGAGAAGGAUCGAAGAACCGUGGUUCAACCGAUUUAUCAGUGGAUAAAAGUGGCGAACAAGUUGCUAGGCCAUGUGAGUUCAAUGAAAAAGCAGUUGAGCUUAUGCAACGAACUUCAGAUUUAAGUGAUAUAACCAGCACAGCGAACCUUUCAAUGUCAAAGGUUUAGGGUUGAAGCACUCGAACUUUCCCGACGGUGAAACAGAGUUCUCAGGUUACGAAACCAUGGGAGACAGCAGUCGGAUCCUAUUUGGGGAGGCUGAUCCUUGGUACAAUUACGUCAAAGACAUUUUCGAGCUCUCAGGUUUCACAGAAGAUGAGGGGAGCCAAACAUGGUUCUCACCGGACCAACCAUUGGACCCUUCAAUGUUCAUGGAAUUAGAGAUCCUAUUGCACCCUGAACUGGAAUCCACCAUUGAUGAAGUUGGAAGCAACUGUAAUCACCAACUGGUUUUCGAUCUCGUUAACGAGUCAUUAUUUGAGAUCAAUGAAAAAUCAUCUGUGGUAUUUCCCCGAGCACUUCUCUUUCAACUGCGGCAUUAGCUUGAAGCUUAAGAGAAACAAUGUUGUUGAAGAAGUGUGGACCGAAGUUUGCAAAAACCUGGUAUCCCAACCAGAACAAGACCAGUCAUUCGAU